AUGUCCAGUCCGAGGCCCCCAAAACCGAUGCCCUGCUCAACUUAUGAUGCCAUGUGUUCACAGUGUAGAUUCCACUAUAUCAAACUCCGCGAGAAAGGCGUCCUCCCCCGACACCUCAACUACCACCCCGGCACGUACCCCGUAAUCUUCACCUGCAACCUAAACCUCGACCUCUGCCUCAACAACGGCGGCACCUUCAUCAACCACGGCCUAACAGCCCUCGGAACAAUACAAUCCCAUCUAGAAUCCCACUUCAAGCUUCCUGUUCCCGUACACAGCCACUGCACCUCAUCAACCGUUGGAAGCGCGAUUCACAUUCACACCAGUCUCCUCUUCGAUUUUCCAUUUAAGCUCAAGGACGUGAACCGGUGGAAAGGCUGGCUGGCAGAGUUUAUGAAGAUCAGCGUGUACGAGAAAAGUGAUACUCUAAGGCCAAGAGCACUCUAUACGACUGGCGAUGGGGACUGGAAUAUCGGCUGCCCCGAUGAAGAGGAGGAGCGGCAUCUUUGUUGGCAAAGGCUGAGGUGGUUCUUGGAGAGGGAGGGGGUUGGAGUCUUUGUUUACCACAAGCCGUCGUACAUGUAG